AUGUUGUACUAUUUUAUCUUCGCAAUUGUUGGCCUAGUGUCAUUUUCAGGUGCACAAACGUUGAUCAAUGAUUCCUGUGAGUCUCAUGUUGAUAAGCUUAGUACUUGUGCAGGUACGAUAAGCUUUUCAGGAGAUUGUUAUUCAAGCAAGAUCGAGCUCCGUGAUACUGAGUACGUGAAAUGUACCGAUGUUAAUUUCUUCUGGUCAUAUCCUCUGAAUAACAUGACGUUGGUUAUCGAAACGCCAUUCACUCAAAAACGUCAACGUUUUACAGUCAGUCUUGAAACUCAACCAUUACAAGGUGCUGUGUCACAUGUUUAUCGAAUUAUCGAUGAUCAAGAAACCGAUGUGACAACACGUGAGCCGAUCUUGACGCAAGAUUCGGAUGCUAAUUAUCAAGUUAUUUUGAAAUUUCAAGGGCCAACACGUCUAAGUCGUUAUGGUGUUGUAAUUCAAUAUGAGUCUACUGUUAAAGCUUGA